CCAAGCCAACCCAUGUGUCCCUUGAUAACUCCCCUCUGUUUUUGUGUGAUAAGUAUAGUAGUUGUAAGGUGACUUUUACAUGAAAACAAAAGCAAUUAACCAAACCAAAACACUAUUGAUUAAUAAUUACUUUGUAUAUAUCAUAAUCUCCUUAAACAUUUAUAUAUAUGUAUGUAUAUGCUUUUGGGUUUCUCUUUUUGAGUGUUUUGUUAUAAGAAAACAAAAAAGCAAGUGUUAAUGGCGGUAGGAGGAUAUUACAAUAAGGGGAAUGGAAGUAGUGGUAACAGUAACAGAGGUGGGAGACCAUAUGGGUUGAUGUUACUUGUAGCAUUUGGAGCAGCCUUGUUUGGUGUCAUGAUUCUCCAUAAGCUCAGGGAAAGACGCAUCUUUAAUCUACUCGUCCAUGACAAAGACCGUGACAUCUUCUCCCUUCAACUCCUUUUGCAGAGGGAAAGAGACUACACAAAAGAAGCGAAGAUGAAGAAUGAGGAGUUGAAAGCUAAGAUAUUCUCUCUGAGAAUGCAAAAGAUGGAAAUUGAGAGGAGAGUUGUGGAGAUGCAGUCAACAAUUGAGUCCCUUAAAGAUGAAGGGAAGACCAUGGAAGGUGCCAUUGAGGAGAAGCAAAACGAAAUCAAAAUGCUGAGGCUACAACAACAACACUCUACUACUACUGUUAAUAAUGAUGAGAAAGAUAAUUCCCAAGUGAUGGCCUUGACUCAAACAUUGAAACAGAAGGAAGCUCAAAUUGAGGAUUUCAAACGUCUUCUUCAGUACCCAGAGAAAAAGGAUUUGUCAAUUAGUACUACUACUGAUGACCCUUCUAAGGGAUCAGUAAAUUUGACACUGGCAGAGGAUCAAAAGGUGAAAACUGUGGUACAUGGUGAAGGUGAAAGCUUAAAUAAAACCGUUAUGGGAGAGGUCAGUGAUGAUAGAAGGAAAAUGAUGAGCAAUGAGAAAGAAAAGUUUGAACAUUUACAAGAUCGAAUGAACAAAAGAGAUGGGGUUAUAGCAAAUUCAAGUGAUGUAACAUCUCACAAUAAUGGGAAGCGUACAGAUAGUAAUGACGAAAAUAAGAUCAGAGGAAAUGGGCAAACGAGUAAACAUGAAAGCCGGAAAAAUCUAGCCACUAUUAAAGGUGGAAUGAAAUUGGAAAUCCAAGAUGGCUCUAGUAACAAUGUUGAGUCCAUAGAUAGGGGAACACUUGGCUCUGUUGGUAGUAAUAGUAAGGGGAAAAGAUGGAGGCUGAUGGCUAAGAACAGCAGAUCAGAAAAAAAUGGGAAACAAAAUAGAGUAAAGAUUAUUAAAAGUUCAAGGUUGGAAGAUGAGGAUGAUCGUGUAAUGUCAAGGGGUGGUGUUAAGAAAGCAGCUUCAGUCGGGAUACCAAUGCCUAACAAUCACCGUUUAGAAGCCAAAAUUCCAGAGCCUUUAAGCUUGAAAAAUAGAACCGGGGAUGAGGAACAACAGCCAUCCAAGAAGUUCCAAACUUCCUUAGCCAGAGAAACGCCAUUAAAUACAACUGCUGUUGGGGAGCAGAGUGAAACAAGAAUGCAAUUUAGGGACAAGAAACCAGAAGUCAGGAAACUCCAAGAUGCCAAUGCAGUUGAACAAGGCAUGAGCAGAACAGAUAUCGGCGCAGAGACAACAGAUGAUCUCGAGGGGUUGGAAGAUUACAUGAGUCCAGAAGAACCAGAAAACUUUGUCAGUGAUGAUGAGUCCUCUAGUAAAGCUGGUUUCAGUGCUAAAGAAAAUAAAGAAUACCAGGAGGAGAUUGAUGAGACUGAGUUCUAACAGAUUGGCAGAUUUUUCUUUUUAGCUUAUUGUAGUAGUUUUUGUUCUUGAAAUAGGUCUUAAAUUAAACAUAUAUGCAUCUGUCAUGAAUGAUGCUUUUCUGCUUAGUUUUGUUUAGAACUGUUUCAAGAGCUUAGUUGCAAAAUGAAAUCUAGUCUUGGAUAUAAAGUAUGCCAAAGUAAGAAUUGUCUUUCA